AUGGAGCCGCCGUCGCCGCCGCCGCGACCCUCUGCCUCCUCGAAGCUCCGCCUCAUGUGCAGCUACAGCGUAGGCGUGGCCCCACGCUCCCAUUCCAAGUCCCUCUUCUACCACGGCGGCGAGACCCGCAUCGUCACCGUCGACCGCGCCUCCACGGCCGCCUCCCCCGUCUCCCCCACCCUCGCCGUCGCGCCCCCCUUCGCCCUCAAGUACCAGCUCCCCGACUCCGACCUCGACGCCCUCAUCUCCCGCUGCAUCGACGACGACCUCGCCGUCAUGAUGGACGAGCUCGACCGCCUCUCCUCGUCGUCGGAAGUGAUGCGAUACUUUCCAUUUCAUAUAAUGCAUGAGGAUGCUCAGUUGGAAGAACAAUUGCUUCAAAUAAGCCAUGUGUGCUCUUCAGGAUAUCCUUUCACUUCAGUUAAGUCUGUCCCUUAG